GCGAAAUCCCAUGGACUUUAAGGCGGUUUUUCGUUGCGCGCGAUGUUAUGCAGACUGUCCCGCUGGAGAGGAAGUUCUGCUGUGGGCGGAAGAAGAAGAGGUGUGGCGGUGGAUGAAGUGGGAAGAGGGCAGAUCUGCCACCGCAUGGGAGUGGAAUUUCACCUCCAGCUGCUGGCAGGAAACGAAUUCUUUGUGGACCAGGUAUCACAACAAGACCGUUUGCCACAAUUGUUGGACAGAGUGGAGUUGGUAUGUGAAGACCGGAGAGGACCAAUAUAUCUUGGACAGUGAGUGUAUGAAGCUACUUCGCCGCAUUGGGGAUACCAAUGUGAUCAUCAGCGAAACGGUUCCAAACCGCCCAUUUUUCUGUCGCUUGUGCUUGCAGUGCUUCAGCAACCGCACCUUGCAGACACACCUCGGGACACACCUGGGCUCUCAAGAUCGUACGGCACAAACGGAGCCCAGUGAUCACCAGAGAUCGGUGCAUGUGCAGACCGAAAGUUACCUGUGGGAGUUUGAAGUGGGUCCAGGCCAGUGGCAGGCGUUUCUUUGGGACGUCCAGCAGAUUCUGGAGGACAGCUAUCUGGAUGCUAUGGAUACAGGAGGUUCCCAUGAGAUAAAUUUGACCACGAAUGGCUUCAUCUACUACAUUGACAUUGCAGCCAUGACCCAAACGAACCCCAAGACCCAGAGACUGCGAAAGAUCAGGCGUCGGGAGGAAUCCCAAAUUACUUGGCUGGAAGACAGAGAGGGGCUUCUGUCGAAGAUCGCUGAGUUGGAGGCGCAAGUCUUGGAGAUGGAUGAAGCAAACAAGUUCCACAGUCGCAAAGUGCGCACGUUGACCAAUGAAAAGCAGGAGGUGGAUGUCCUUCUGGAGGAAUCCCAAAGAAAAAACGAAAAGCUGACCUCGGAGAUCAUCGCGCUGCAGAAACAAGCGGAUCACUCUGCGCAGGUCUCUCUGCAAGAAAUGUGGCGGACGCAACAUCAAGGUUCUCCGCCGAGUUGCAGUGCCAUUGGGGUCGGCGAUGCGCUGUUUCGCAAGAUCCAAUGCCUUCUUCGGGCUGCGGUGCCAACAAGUCAUCAUUCGCAGUGCGAUUCCAUGCGGCAGAUGGAGCUGGUGUCCAUGGAGCAGAUCCACAACGUCAAGGUCUGGAAGAAUUACCAGCAUCGGAAAAAUCAACUUCAGGAGGAACUCAAGGGUGUGAAGGUGCAGUCAGUGGCUUCAAAGCUUAAAGACUGUUGUUCCUGGAUCACCUUGGAUACCGGGCUCAACGAGAUCAUUGCUUUGCAUGGUACGAAUGAAGAGAAAGCCAAGAAGAUUGAGGAGACUGGAUUUGAUUAUCGCUUGUCCCGUGAAGAGGGGCUUUAUGGACAAGGUCUUUACUUCAGUGAUGAAAGUUGCAAAGUUUUGCAGUAUUCAGGUGCCCUCUGCAAUGGGAUGCCCAGCGGGGUAGGUUGCAUCAUCGUUGCACGCUUGCUGCUAGGUGAUCCCUGCUUUACCAAUGGUCCCAGGAAGGGGGAGAGAGUUGAGCCUUACAAAGACCUUGCCAAUCCAGGUCAAGGUCGAUUUAAUUCCGUCAUUGCACGUGCGGGAAUUGUAGGAAAUGCUGGACAACAACAGGUCCAUCAGGAAUUCGUGAUCUAUGAUGGGGCUCAGGCAUACCCUGAGCUGCUUCUUCGAUUCAAAUGUUGAUUUUUGGCCAACGAUUGGGGCAAUUGACCCCUGAUGAUUUCUUCGCAUGCUUUGACAAUAUGAGUAUAGCCUUGUGAGGCCGAAUUUGGGGUGAAACUUACCCUGAAUUCAAGUCGCUGAAGAUCAAUUUGUGUAUGUCUCCAAAUGGGUACACCUAAAUUUGAUGGAUCAUUUCACGAAA